CUGUAAAUAAGUUCGCCACCCACUCUCUCCUUCCAUCCAUCCCAUCAUUUAUUAAAAUAAUAAUCUUAAUCAUAAUUUCACCCCUGCACCACCAGCCCACCCACCCAAAUGCUCGACCGCCUCUCGCGCUUCUACCGCCUCAACACGGGCUACGAAAAGACCCUCCGUCUCAUCCAGGCAUUAUGCCUCGUGGCACUAGAGAUAGGCUCUCUGGACAGCAUCACGACCAAGCGAGUGUCAGCCGCUAAGUCCCAACUAGCAUUGAUCCGCCGCUGCAUCCGCUUCUGGAAUUUCCUGGACUGCUUCAACCGCGUCUCCUCGCUCCUGGGGCAGGACGCCCCAAAUUCCCGCAAGAAGGGCCACGCUGCCGCUGCUGCUGCAUCGCCCACAGGCUUCCUGUGGUUGCUCGAGGUCGCCAAGUGGAGUUGCUUCGGGGUGUAUUUCCUGCUCGAGGAUUUGACGUUGCUCCACGCCGCGGAGAUCUACCCCGUCCCGUGGGCGAAAACGGUAACUGUCGAGGCGUUUAAAUUCUGGUACUAUGCGCUGGCGCUGUCGCUGUUUGGGGCGGUCUGGGAGUGGUAUUCCGGGGGUGGUGCUGGGUCUGUGGGGAAGGGGGUGAAGAAGGUUGGGGGAAAGCGGGGUGGUGCUGGUGCUGCUGGUAAGGCCAAAGGGAGGGCUGGGGCUGGAGCUGCUGCGAGUCGAGUUGAUACGUCCACGCUGCUCAAGAGGGUUGUUGUUGAUGGGUGCGAUCUGCUGAUUCCGGGGACUUAUCUUGGGUGGAUGGGGGUUGGGCCGUUGGGAGUUGGGGUGGGGAUGGUGGUUAGUACGGUUGUGUCGUUGCGGGAGAUUUGGAGGAGUGUUUAGGUUGGGUGUUAGGUUGUUCUAGGUAGGGGUGGUGAUGUGAGGGUUUAGGUUGUG